CAGUAUCCUGUCAAUCGCGAUAAUGUCUUCCAUUAAUGACAGAUUUAUCAGAGAGGCCCAUAGGAGGCUCAACGUGCAUCUGUACCAUUACAUGAUGAGAAUAGGGUUGUUCGAUUUGGCUAGGGUUUUUAGGCAGCAGACUGGGCUCUCGAUCGAAGAUCUGGAAGGCCAACCACAUAGGAAUGUUCUGUUCAACUUGAGCCUGGUUAUCGAAGAUAUACUUCCCUUUAUUCAGGCUCAAGGAGAUCCCAGAAAGUGCUAUCUGAGGCUGCUUCCAUUGAUUAAUGGGAUAAGGAAUAUGACCAUGCAAAUUACUCCAAGACAAGGACUGAAUUUAUAUGGCUAUCCGCAGCCUCAUUUGCCUCAGACUGGAUUUGUGCAAUCUUUACCUCGUUCAAUGCAGAAUACAUCUAUGGGGCCAUUUGUGACAUCAAACCAGUCAUUGGUUCAUCAUCCGAGGCCGUCUUGUCCACUGAUGUCCAACCAAAUGUUUCAUCCACUGAUGUCAAACCAACAGUUGGUUUGCCAUCCACAGCCCCACCAAGCAGAAAAUGCUGUGGAACAAGAUUUGCUAUCAAGAGUUGGAAAAAAGAAUCAGCUGGAUCUUAAUGAUCUGCCACCUCCCGUAGAUGCAGUUGAUGGCAAACCAACACUGCAAACAUGUAUUGGUUGUUCUUCUAUGGGUGGCGUUGGAUGGCUGAAACAACCGAUUAUGCUGCGAGAAGAGCGAGCGAAAGAGGACAGUCGAAAGAGGAAGCAUCCAGAACAAUCAGAAUUUGGCAAUGUUUUUUGGGGUGAUGGUAUAACCUGGCUAGGUAGCAGCAGUGGGAUUUCCUCUACCAGCACUUCCAUGAGCAACACACAGCGCUUGUCAGUUGGAAAUGCCGGACAAAAUUUCCCCAUGAAUUACUGUCAGGAACCACCACCACAACGGUCCUCUAGAUGGAUCACUUCAUCAUACCAAUUACCAGCCAUCCAAAAGGAUACUGUCAGAGGGAUUUUACAGAGUAUAAGCAAUGUUGGUGGCUCUCAAAAGAAUGAGUUCUCAGAGAAGGCCGCUGUCAUGGAAAAUCCAGAAAAAAAUAAGCAAGUGCAGUCUGCAUGCCAAGAUGUGACUCCUGCCGACAGUAAUAUCUAUCAUUACUCCAAUUCUUUGCCAUUAAUACCGGAUCCUGAAUCCCAUUCUGCAGUUCUUAUACCUGGUGAAUCAUCUAAGAGACAUGAGGAUAAUGAUACUGAUGAUAAGCCAUCUUUUCCUGAAGAUUACAAGCACCAAUGUGAGCUGCUAAAAAAGGUUUAGGAAUUGUCUCUCCCCUGUCAAAACCCAAAAGUUCAAAAAAUCCUACAUCCUGCAUGUGAAACUUGGUUUGUGUAUAUUGGUUUGUGCAUGUGAAAAUUUUAUCAAACUUGGUUUGUGUAUAUUGGCUGCAUGUUUGACAAUUUGGUAUACCUGUUCAUACUUCUACUCAUUCUGAAAAUACUGGAGUGCAA